AUGGAGGACAGCAGGAAGCUCCUUUGCAGACAAAGGCAAGUCAUUUUAUCCUUUCUCCUCUUGGGUUUGUCUCUGGUGGGGGCGGAACCGAGGCGCUAUUCUGUAGUGGAGGAAACUGUGGGCAGCUUCUUUGUAACCAAUUUAGCGACGGACCUGGGUCUGGGGCAGAAGGAACUCUCCAGGCGAGGGGCUAGGGUCAUUUCCACAGGGAACAAACUGCGUUUGCAUCUCGAUGUGGAGACCGGGGAUUUGAUGCUAAAUGAGAAACUGGAUCGCGAGGCACUGUGCAGUGACACAGAGCCCUGUGUGCUACGUUUCCAAGCGUUGCUAGAAAAUCCCUUAGAGUUUUUUCAAGCUGAGCUGCAAGUAAUAGACAUAAAUGACCAUGCUCCGGUGUUCACGGACAAAGAAAUAUUACUAAAAAUAUCAGAGAGCAGUCCUCCCGGGACUACGUUUCCUCUGAAGAACGCUCAGGACAUGGACAUAGGUCGAAAUAAUAUUGAGAAUUAUGUCAUCAGUUCCAACGCCCAUUUUCGGGUCCUCACCCGAAAACGCAGCGACGGUAGGAAAUAUCCAGAGUUGGUGCUGGACAAAGCACUAGAUCGGGAGGAGGAACCUGGGCUCAUGUUAAUCCUCACGGCCCAAGAUGGUGGCUCUCCGCCCCGGUCUGGAACAGUCCAGGUCCACAUCGAAGUCGUGGACACUAAUGACAAUGCCCCUGAAUUUGAGCAGUCUCUCUAUCAGGUGCAGGUCCCUGAGGACAGUCCCAUGGGCUUCCUGAUUGUGAGGGUCUCUGCUACUGACAUAGACAUAGGAGCCAACGGAGAGAUUUCUUAUUCACUUUUCCAAGUUUCAGAGGAGAUUAGCAAAACCUUUGAGGUAAAUCCCAUGACAGGAGAAAUUCGACUGAAAAAACAACUUGAUUUUGAAACAAUUCAGUCCUAUGAAGUCAACAUGGAGGCCAGAGAUGCUGGAAGCUUUUCUGGAAAAUGCACUGUUUUGGUUCAAGUCAUGGAUGUGAACGAUAACGCCCCAGAAAUCUCCAUUUCUGCGUUUACCAGUCCGAUACCUGAGAACUCGCCUGAGACUGUGGUUGCAGUUUUCAGUGUUUCAGAUCUUGAUUCGGACGAAAAUGGGAAGCUAGGUUGUUCCAUUCAGGACGAUCUACCAUUCCUCCUGAAUUCUUCUGUCGAAAACAUUUACACUCUGGGAACAGACAGACCUCUGGACAGAGAGAGCAGAUCUGAGUACAACGUCACCAUCACCGUUACGGACUUGGGAACCCCAAGGCUAAAAACACAGCUCAGUGUAACCGUCCUGGUCUCCGACGUCAAUGACAACACGCCCACCUUCUUCCAAUCCUCCUACACCCUGUUCGUCCGCGAGAACAACAGCCCCGCCCUGCACAUAGGCAGCGUCAACGCCACAGACAGAGACUCAGGCACCAACGCCCAAGUCACCUACUCGCUGCUGCCGCCCCAGGACCCGCACCUUCCUCUCGCCUCCUUGGUCUCCAUCAACGCGGACAACGGGCACCUGUUCGCUCUCAGGUCGCUGGAUUACGAGGCCCUGCGAGCCUUCGAGUUCCGCGUG